AUGGGCUACUAUGCUGAAAAUGUCAUCACAUCACAACCACCAAGUAUCUUGGCAGGAGGCAUCUACCGACCUUCAGCAACCAUAAGUCAACCUUCUCACGUGCACGAUUGCUCUACUUCAAAGGAGGUGCCACCUCAUCCUGCGCUAUUGAUGAACACGCAAUUACAGAGGGUGCCAGCAGAACUGACUAGUAGUGCUCAUGGGGAGGCACAGCAAGAACCAAAUGAUGAGGACAUUGAGGUCGUAAUGCAGAGGUCCGAGGAUGAUCAUCAGCAAGCACACCAGCACCCUGACUUGCCUGACCUCAGCAGAGCUCCUCCGAGACGUAAAUACCAAGAAAAGUGGAAUGGCGACUUGCCACGGUUUUCAAUCUCUGUCUCACCAUUGCUCAGUGGGGAACCCCUGGAUGGCAAGAUGCAGGCUAGGCUGUCAUUGCAGCUCAAAGAUGAAAUUUUAUCAUAUUUGGAUCAGCAUGACCUGAUAACAGAGCAGAAUUCCGCGGAGCGGCGUUGGAUGUAUGCGUCUCUUGGGAAUGCCUUGGCUGAACGUUAUCCACAUCUCAUGUGGGACAAAGCGAGGGCUGGCACAAAGAGAGGCCAAACAAUGCCAAGAAAUGUGUGGAGCGUGUUCAUGCAGCGUCUCAGCACUAUGAGGAAAAUGAGGAGGCGGGUUGCAGCAGCCUCAGCUUUACCAGCUACUGUGGAAGUGACACCCGCUGUGAAAGAUCUUACUCCAGACGAUGCACUCCGGGAACUCGAGGCAAUUGAGGAAGCAGUUAAGGACAAGGAGACUCUGAAUAUCCCACGAAUUAAGGAGCUUCUUGCCGCUACCUUUAGACAACGUGAAAAGAAACCUGUGGAUUUUCUGCCAGUCUAUUUUCUACAUGAAGAUUGUGUAAGUCUGCCUUCAACAUCCUUCAAUGCUCCGGACAACUUCAUAGCCAGCUGUGCUCUCAACAUGAUGUACUGA